AUGGACAUGCAGUGGCUUGCGGAGACAACUUCCGUGGAUGCAAAAAUUUCACCUUUGGAGGAAGGAAUGUCAUUCACCAAGAUUUCGGCAGGCUAUUAUCAUACUGUGCUUCUCCGAAGUGAUGGCAAGGCUGUGGCCUGCGGAUGUAAUGAUGAUUCCCAAUGCUAUAUUCCACCCUUGGAGGAAGGGAUGUCAUACAUCCAGGUUUCAGCAGGCGGCGAUCAUACCGUACUUCUCCGAAGUGAUGGUAAUGCCGUGGCUUACGGAGGCAACUUUCAUGGACAAUGCAAGACUCCACCUUUGGAGGAAGGGAUGUUAUACAUCCAGGUUUCUGCAGGUGCGGAUCAUACCGUGCUUCUCCGAAGUGAUGAGAUGGUAAUGCUGUGA